GUCAAGUUCAUGGCGCAGUUCCGCCGAUUCAGUAGCAAGGCCAACACACUGACGCGCCGCCUCGCGAACGAGAUCAGCGACAUCAAAGCUGCUGGCACGUACAAGAACGAGCGAGUGAUUACGUCGCCCCAAGGCGCGCUGAUCAAGGUCGCGAACAACGGGGUGCUCAACUUUUGCGCCAACAACUACCUCGGUCUUUCCAACCACCCCGAAGUUGUGGCGGCGGCAAAGAAGGCCCUGGACACGCACGGGUUUGGUCUGAGCUCCGUGCGCUUCAUUUGUGGUACCCAAGACAUCCACAAGAAGCUCGAGCGCGCCAUCGCCGAUUUCCACGGCACGGACGACGCGAUCCUGUACCCGUCGUGCUUUGACGCGAACGCAGGUCUGUUUGAAGCUAUUUUGAACAACGAAGACGCAAUCAUUACGGACGAACUCAACCACGCAUCCAUCAUCGACGGCAUUCGGUUGUGCAAGGCCGAGCGCCACCGCUUCAAGCAUAUGGACAUUGCCGAUCUUGAAGACAAGCUGAAGGCGACGCAGCACUGCCGCACCCGCCUCAUCGCGACCGAUGGUGCGUUCAGCAUGGACGGGGACAUUGCACCUCUGGAUGUGAUCUGUGACUUGGCCGACAAGUACGACGCCCAAGUGUUUAUCGACGAAUGCCACACGACCGGCUUCUUUGGCAAGACGGGCCGCGGCACGGACGAGUACUUUGGCGUGCAAGGUCGCAUUGACAUAAUCAACUCAACGCUGGGCAAGGCGUUGGGCGGUGGCACUGGUGGGUACACGACGGGGCGCCAAGAAGUGGUCGACAUGCUGCGUCAGAAGGCGCGCCCGUAUCUGUUUUCCAACUCGGUGUCGCCCGUCGUCGUCGGCGCGUCGCUCAAGGUGUUUGAACUGCUCAACUCGAGCUCGGAAUACGUCGACAAGAUCUUGGCCAACACGCAUCGCUUCCGCGACCGCAUGGCCGAAGCUGGAUUCACGCUCACGGGGGCCCGCGACCAUGCCAUCAUCGCUGUCAUGAUCGGUGACGCGCGGUUGGCGUCCAAGUUGGCUGACGACAUGCUCCAAAAGGGAAUUUACGUCAUUGGGUUUAGCUACCCCGUGGUGCCCCAAGGCAAGGCCCGCAUCCGCGUCCAAAUGUCGGCUGCGCAUUCCCUUGAAGAUGUCGACAAGUGCGUCGAAGCUUUCAUUGCGUGUGGCAAGGCCAACAAGAUCAUUUAACGUGGGCACGGACAUCGGUCCACACGGUGUUUCACUCCAAACAACUCGACACCAAACAACUCGGCACAACUUGCUAUCGAUCAACUCGGUGGGUCUGUCUAGCUCAGCUCAAAGCUUUCUGUGUUUUGCAUCGCAAACGUUAUUUUGUCGGCGAGGAUACCGAGCGACUCGUACUCCGG